AUGAAGUCCGGCGAAUGGACUGAAGUCCGGCGAAGAAAGAAAGUGCAAGUUCAGCGACGUGUAGAAAACAACGAUCUCUCCAAUUACUUUGUGACAGGCUUUCCCAAUGGCACCAGGAAGGAGGAGCUGCGCAUCCCAUUAAGCAAAUUUGGACUGGUGGUAGAUGUGUACUUCGGGGGACGGAAGGAUUACCAAGGUAAUAACUUUGCGUUCGUUAGAUACAAAGACGUUGUGGAUAUGAAGGCACUGGAGGAGAAAUUACAAGGCAUCAAGUGCAGGGAUGUAACACUUUCGGUCAAUAUAUCAAAACACCAAAGAAAAGCUCCACAAAAACCAACUCAUGCAACCACCAACAGCGACAGAAGACACCCUACUGGUCCGGCUGCCACACGAUACGAUGGAAUCAGAGAUAACAGGUCAUACGCCCAGGCUACGGCCGGACACACAGUAAAACAACCCAAUCAACAAAUUAGACCAGCGACACCUCUUGUUAUACUAAACACCCAUACCCACAUGAACAAUUGGCUAAGCAAAAGUACCCUAAUUGCUGAGGCACACAGUUUUGACCACAUCGGAAACCUACCGGCGUCAAUACUCAUGAGUGAUGACACCAAAUAUCUCAGAGGACUCAGGAUGGCAAUGCACUACGGGAACUCAGUGGCGGCCCAGGAAUUCCUAGACGACGAAACCCGGUGGAGAGAAUGGUUCAAAUGGGUGGAAAGGGCCGAUAAACAUGAAGUUAGAUAUGAGAGAACGGCGUGGUUGAAGAUUUUAGGGCUACCGCUCAAACUGUGGGACGAAGUUAACUUUAACCUUAUUGCGGAGAGAUUUGGCAGAGUUGUGAGCCCAUUCGAUUGCAUUAGGAAUAGGAGGGACUAUUCGAUGGGCAAGGUAGGUGUCCUAACAUCAGAGAAGAGAUGGAUCAAUCAGCAAAUCACAAUCAUAGCGGCCGGAGUAAAUUACCAGAUUGGUGUCGUGGAAUACACCAAUAAUUGGUCUCCAUUCAAACCAGCCCCGUUCGAUCAAGUAGAAGAAGAAUGA